UAAACGAAGGAAAGAGCCCGUCCUUCCGUUCGAGUUCGGCUGCUCCUCUCUGUAGGCGCAUUUGUGUGUGUGCGUGGAAGUACAGCUGCGGGGCUGGGGCCAGGCGGAAGUGACGGGCGCUUCACCUGCUGGGCAGUGAGGGGACAGAGGAGGGCGGCGCAAGGCGCGGAGUGUCCGUUGGGAAUUUAUUCGUGGAGUCUCUGGCGGUGCUUGACUGGCCGUCGUUGGUUGCCAGCGCCGCCAUGGAGUCGCUGCUGCCGCACUUGCUGUGGGGUCUCCUGUUUCUAUGUGCAGAUCUGACUGAGGGCUUAACAAUAACAUCUAAACAGGGUAUGGAAACAAAGGCUCAAGGAGAAAAAAUUACCUUGUUCUGUCAAUAUACUCUCACGGCACAAGAUAACAGCCCACUUGACAUUGAAUGGUUUAAAGUGGAACCAAAUGAGGAAAAAGCAGUAAUUUUGUACAAUGAGAGGGUUUAUGAUACCUAUCUUAUGGCUGGACGGGUACAGUUUGUUAAUCAAAACCCAGCAGCUGGAGAUGCUAGUAUUGAGAUCUCGAACUUAAAGGUUGCUGAUACUGGCACAUACCAGUGUAAAGUGAAGACGUUUCCUGGUAUUGAGACAUAUAGAGUCCAACUGGCUGUAUUUGAAAAGCCCUCAAGGACUCAAUGUCAUGUCGAAGGAUUGCAUGAGGUUGGAAAUGAUCUUACUCUGAAAUGUAAAUCCCAAGAGGGCGCUGCCCUUAUAAAUUACCAUUGGAAAAAAAUUGGUGGUACUGAAGAACUUCCAGCCAGAUCAUCACUGAAUGAAGUCACAGGUGAACUUUUGGUGAAAAAUGCUUCCCAGGUUUUCUCUGGAGUAUACAAAUGUGUAGCUUCAAACAGAGUUGGCACAGAUGAAUGUUCUGUUGUGCUGAAUAUCACCCCUUCUACGAAUAGAGCUGGUACCGUUGCUGGAGCUGUAAUAGGGACUCUUUUGGGUCUCUUGUUGCUAGCAUUUUUCAUCUUCUGUUGCUGCAAGAAACAAAGAGAGAAGAAAUAUGAAAAAGAAGUACAUCAUGAUAUAAGAGAGGAUGUUCCUCCUCCAAAGAGCCGUGCUUCAACAGCCCACAGCUACAUAGGGAGUAAUCGUUCUUCUUUGGGUUCAAUGUCUCCUUCCAAUAUGGAUGGAUAUACCAAGACUCAAUACAACAAAGUACCAAGUGAAGACUUUGAGCGUACUUCUCCUCAAAACCCAAACUUUCAACCACCAAAGGUAGCUGCACCUAAUCUAAGUAGAAUGGGAGCUAUUCCUGUGAUGAUUCCAGCACAAAGCAAAGAUGGUUCCAUAGUAUAGUAUGGUGUUAAUUUAUACUUUCUACAGUUCAGUGCAUUGAUUAACUUGUUCCAGUUCUACAUUUUUAAACAUGCACAGAAUUCAUCUUGAGCGUUGACAAAUGUGCUUGGUUCACCACCUUUGAAUCAAUUUUGACCAUGUACGCUAAAAACUGAACCUUUUGAAGAAGUGUUGUCAUCCGUGACUAAAUAUGAACCACUGGCAAGAUUUAAGUUCAGUGUGGGUUACUAAAUGAACAUUAGUUCUGAAUUUUUGACAUAUUAGAAGACACUGAACUAUAUGACAUGAAUUGUUUGUCCUUACAUUUUUAGAGUGAAUGAAAUAUAUUUGAUGUCUGUUACAGGGAUAGAAAUGUUUUGUUUAAACAGUGAAAAGAUGGACUUAAAUUCUUGUAAUAUAGAUUCUGGAGCAUUUUUCUCAACAGUGCUUAACUUCUUUAAUGAGUUGUCGGUUGCAGUUAGACACAGCCAGCUUGAUUGAUUUUUGAAUUUAAUUGUUCAACAUGUCCUAUCACUGGUCUCCCUCUUGUAGGAUGACAGUCAUUUACUAUGGACAUGCAGAUACUAUUGUGCUGCUUGCCCUGUGAGCAUAAACGUCUUUCUUCUUAGAUACAUAAUGCUGUGAGUAUUUGCACAAUAAAGAACAUAGGCAUGUUUAAUUGCCCAUCUGAUUUUAAAAAAGAAAAUUUAAGAAAACCUAAAGUCUUAUUCCUAAAUUAACACUUGCUGCAUGUCAGAUGCCCCAAUUAUGCUACAAAUGUGUAUGUACAGGAAGACUGAACAUGGAUUUUGACUUAAGAAGAUACUAGCACUAGUGUGUGCUUGGGAUAUUUAAUAAUUGCUCUUUUGCUGUGUAACCAUAAAAUGAGGGGGAUUAAGGGUUUUGUCCCCAAGCUUUCUUACAGUAUUGUUAUGUUCAGUGGCUCCUUCCAAUACUUUCUGAUGAUACUUUUUAAAUUAUUCCUCCCAUUUGGAUCAAAUUAUACUAUAUUAAUUGCAAAAUAGGGAAGAAAAACCUGGAAGGCAAAAAAACUGAAAUCUAAGUGAGUAGGCUUAGGAUUUAUCUGCAUUUAAAUAUAUAUAUAACCAGAUAAAUUACUAGGAAGUGUUUAUAAUGAAUAUAUAUGAAAGUAUCCCCUCAUCAUUUCACAAAUUUAAAAAUAUCAACCACAAUAAUUUAAAUGGUCAUUGCAACAAACUUUAUUUGUGUAUAUCACUUGCUCUGAUCUUUGUAAAAUACAUCUGUACUGCCUGCUCUUUUAGCUUGAAGAAAUUUGGGUUUUCUGUGUGUGUAGCAAUGAAAACAUCAGAUAAAAACCUAUCCUGUAAAUAUCUGUGACUUUCUUUAGUUGGUUAGAUCAAAUAUUUUCAUGUAUUAUAAUAGUUAUUGCGUAACUUCACAUCAGGUCUAUUAUGCAGAGUACAUAUGCCCUUAUUGCUAAAUUUAGAUAAUGAACUGGAUCUUAAGUGUGUAAAUAGCCUUCAUAUAUUGAGAUGUUUUAGGUUCUCUGUUGUCAUUGGAUCUAAGAUCCAUUUUUAAAAUAUGGCCUUUUCAAUAAACUUUAUACAUGAUUGUAAGUUAAGUUUCAACUAUGGAAUAUUCUGGUGCCUGACUGCUUUUUUAAAGGGUGCUACAAGAUGAAGGUGUGGUUUUCCAGACAACACUGUGACUUAAUUCCUUCUUACUUGAUGUUUAAUGUUUCCUGCAAAUGUUUUGGACAGUCUUAAGUGACUACAUAAUGUCCUGUAUUUCAAAAUGGCUCCUUUUUUUGCUUGUUCCUGCUUCUACAAUACCUUCACUUACCUUGCCUACUCCCCCACCCCCCAAAAAACAAGGAACCUUGGGUGUGAUACACUGGCAUAUUGAGGAAGGACUACUAAAUCUCCAUUCAAAAACUGUACCCCUUUACCAGCACUCUGAGGUAGUACAAUCUAGAAUUGUGCUACAUUGCUCAAAGAGUAGAUUGGAUCUCACUGAACAAUUUUUAAGCACCCUGUUGCACAAUUGAUGAAAUAUAUCCAUGUAGCAUUGACCCAGAACCCUUUAUUUGUAGUGUAAAUGGAUAAUUGCAGAGUAACACACCAGUCAGAAGAAUUUCUGCAUAUUUAUUAACUUGUCACAUCCCAUGAAAGAAAGAAAUGGGGAGAAUGAGGGAUAGCAUGAUGUGCCUUUAAAACAUAGUUCUUAGGCUUCGGAACUUUGACAAUGUCUGCUUGUUUAUAAAACUGCAUGGAGAUUGUAGUAAUAGAAACUGACAUAGCAGGUCUUUUAGGUGAGAAGUGACUUGAGACAAACUUUGCACCAACCACUUAACUUUGAGACCUUACUGAAUAACUAAAACAUUAAUCUGAAGGACAUUGCUAUUAUAAACUUAUUAAGAUCCCAAAAUGUCUCCCUUGGUAAACUCUCAGAUUUUCUUAGGCGGUGUGUGCCCUACCUCCUGCAGCUAUUGGUUUGACACAUCAGGAAGCAGGAGAAGGGAGAGAGGUUGUGGCCUGGGAUGUCACUGUGCUGACAGUGCACAACCAUUUGUUGAGAGUGGCGAAUGUUAAGGCUUUCUGCAUUGGUCAGAACUGACAAACUUUUUAAUAAAGUCUUUAGAUAUUGGUUUUUUCAGAAGAAAAAUUAAUGGCAUCCAGUUGCUGGAUGGGAGUAGGUAGCAAAAUAACUUAAGCGUCCCUUACUGGAAAUAAAAGUCCUCAUACGCUGAUAAUACUGCUGCCAAACCUCUUCUUAAUGCUGCAAACAGUUAAAUAAAUAAACUGGCUCCAUCUGUAAGGUAUUGCGUGCAUGUCAGUUUCAUAUAUUGAUGAUUUAAUAUGGCAAGCCUUUUGGCUUAAAUAUAAAAUUACAGUCUUUAUUAAAUUAUUUGUUUUCAAACAAAAGACUGUAUCAAGAGUGAUCAGAAUUUAAAUGUAUAGAUAUUUGACAGUAUCUCUAGAUUGACAUGCCCUCAUAACAUUUUAUUGAUGUUUCUAGUUUUUAAAAAGGAAUUAAUUUUCCAAAGCCUCAGUAACAAGAAAUUUUGAAAAUCAUUCCCUUGGGUUGAGUCUCCUCACUGUUGGUGGAGGUCAUUUUGAUAUUGUUCCUCUUAUGAAAGAAUUUAUUUUUCUUGACAUGUAGAACUCUCUUCUCACAAAGGGUAAUUCAUUUGUUUAAAGGCAAGGAAAUAAAAGUACUCAUGGAUCACUUGGACGUUUCCUAGUUUGUGCUCAUUAUUAGGGAUUCUUAGGCCCACUCCAUGUAUAACUCAGCAACUGGAGCAAUAAUACAGGUUAUUGAUGAGGCACCAUCAUAGUUUUUGGAUUUGGCAAUGAAUGCAGUUUGUAUGUAGUUUGCUUUUUCAUACUUUUGAAGUUCAAGCACUGAAAUUUGUAGGAAAAAUCCAAAUUGUUUUAGUUUUAAUACUUCUGUAUUACUUGAAAUAAAGUUGUUAGUGAAAA